AUGGAUGAUGAAGUGAAUAUACAGAAUAAUUUUCUUCAAGAUUAUCCUGAAGCACGAAUUAAUAGUAAAGAAAUUAUCAUUAUUGACGAUUCUGAUAACGAUUCUGGUAAAGAUCGACGUUAUGCUGCACAAGAAAAAGAAAAAUGGCGGGCAUAUCCUGAUAUUGAUAAAUCUGGUCAUAAG